AUGACUGUUGAGGGGUGCUUGGAUGCUUGUGAAGCUCAGGGCUACUCUCUUGCCGGCCUCGAGUGGUCCCAGGAAUGCUUCUGUGGAAACACCAUGAUUGGCCAAAACCGCCCAAUUGCCGACACUAAUUGCAACAAUCCAUGCAAAGGAAAUCCGAGCCAACUCUGCGGAGGAUCUGCUGCCAUGAACCUCUACGUUCGGGAUAACUACGCCUUCACCAUGGGCCCAGCAGCUGUAUUGCAGAGUGCCAACGGCUGGAACACCCCAGUGUGUAUGAAGGACCCGGACGCCAACUUCCGUCUUCUGCCUGGCAAACCCAACCCUGAGGUCGACCCCAAGUCCAUGACAGUGCAGAAAUGUGUCGCCGCCUGUGGCGCAGCAGGGUACUCCUUCGCUGGUUUGGAAUACGGCCGCGAGUGCUACUGCAGCAACACCGCGCCGUCCACAAGUGCGAUUGCUCCCAACUCGGAUUGUGACAACCCGUGCUUGGGCGAUGCCUCUUCUCCCCAGCCCAACACAAUCCUUGGUCUUUUACAAGGCCGUGAUGAUGCGAACAGCGUUCUCUCUGCUGGCUCUUUCCACUAUACUUAUAUUGGCGGCACCAAUCCUACUCCCAAAGGAAGCCCCCCUGUCACGGUAGGCAAUGCCUACACCACUGGCACAGGCCAGUCGCGCACCAGCGAAUCCGAUGUCUGGGUUUAUGACCCGACUACCAAUGAGAUCACCGCAACAUGGAUCAACCCCGACGGUAAUCCGAUCAAUGUCGACAUUUUUACUCAAAGCACAGCCUUCUACACCGGCGGUGAUAGGGCGGCUUUCUUGAGACGUUAUCCUGCUGCUAUUAUGCCGCUCACGUUCAAGUUCAUUGCAAAGCCCUAA